UUAUAUGCUUGCCUGCUAGAUGGCUAUAGUACUUGGCGGUCCAUAACCUGAACGAUCCCACUUAAUGCCCCAUCAAUUCCAGCAUCGUUGUUAUAUUUAUCCCUUUUGCCUCGUUAAAUGUACAUUUUUUCUUAAACUAGUGCAAUUCUUUCGAAUCGCUUUAUCGCAGUACAAUUAACAACUUUCGUUUCGUGCUCGUAAUCCUCUAUCGAUUAUCAAAAUAUAGCAGUUGAGAAUUUCAAGAUUUUCAAGGCGUGUUUAUGCACAAUCACAUAGUGUGUAUCACACUGACGUGCAUCCGCGAGAAGUAGGCACAAUUUAUAUAUGUAUCUGUACACUUGAUGCACAAGCCGAAUCAUAAUUACACAGCCCAUUAUAUUAAACAAUAUAAAAAUCGUUCGAUGCUAGUUUUGUGUGCACUUUCGAAACCGAUGCUUUUAUUUCACGAAACGUUUCCGUGAAUUCUUUGUCAAGAUUCGUCAAGAUUCAAUUUGUAUACUGUUUGAUAAUCAUCAAGAGAUAAAAUACAAACAACGAAGGUACAUGCAAAAUGUUUACCAUUGCUCGAAAUCAGUGGAUCGAUAUCAAACAACUAUGCUGUGUUAAAUGUUAUGCAUCGGUCUUGUAAAUUUCCAAAGAAACAUAUUUGGCAAUUUAUUUGUUCAAAAUGUAAUACAAGAGCAGAGAAUCUGCACAAGAGAGGGAGAGAGCAAAAAAGGAAAAGUGUUACAAGAAUGUUUUGCGCACGAUAUCAGGGAAUAAAGCUAUAAAUCGUUUUAGUUGCUUUGUCUCUUUACAACCCCGGAUACAUAUUACUUUUGCAGAAAUUAUUUUUUACGCACCGAGGUACAACAGAGCGAGUACUUUGCUAAAAUAUGAAAGACUGAAUAUAUAUAAAAUCUUCUUAAGAAUGACUUGAUCGCUAGGAUACAUACAAAACACAUUUCGUAACAUGAUACGUCCUUUUCUCGAGGAAGAUGCCUGGUGUUACUGGGUUGUAUCCGUCGGAGCUUUAUUGUCCUUUCUUGGUUUCAUCUUUGCUUGUAUCUGCAGCUGUCGUCGAAACGAGAACAAGAAUGAAUUUCUUGGGCUCGCCGGUAUGGUAACGCUGAACAAUACCGAAAAUGAGGGCUUUGACGGGAUCCCGACCACAAAUAUUUCUCGUAUAGCGGCGCAAGAUGCUAUCGACAAUGCAAAAAGGACAACUGGCGCGAAUAGAAGUCUCCCGGAUAUCCCAAAAGACAAAGACAAGAGACUCGAAGACCCGGGUGAAUCAGUAUCUCAAGAUAUUUACGAAGCUACGGAAGCGAUCGGCGACCAAUCGGAACUCUAUGCUACGGUACAGGACACAGGUGUGGAAGAAGAGGUAUCGGAACAGGAAAUGCAACAAGUUUCGCAACAAAAUGCUUCGACUCGAGAAACCUCUGUUCAUCCGUAUUCAAGAUUUCUGUCCCCCAACUCUGAUAAUGUCGAACAUCCGUACGCUCAACUUCAAAACGUUCAAAAGGCCGAGGCUAGUCAGUUGAAUAGAAAUAAUAUUAAACCAGUGACUGAUACCGAGAAACCAUCUACCUCGACGAGUCCAGCUGCCGGAAAUCCGGUUGCUCCACCAAGAACUCGUCGAUCGUCCUCCCACAAUUCCCUUCUCUCCACCGACAUUGCUCCGUGCGAUAUUCAAGCAGCCAAUGCUAUAUCGGGCGGAAUACAAGCUAAUCAGGAAUUACCGUAUAUAACGCCCCCGCUUUUGAUGCUAUUGCCCCAGCCGCCCCAACCUCAAUCCAAUAGCCCUCAACAACACUUUAGCGGCGACUCCCAAGACUCGAAAGGGUACACUAGUAUAAGCGUAAGAGAGCCUCUGGCCAAUAUAAUCGCGCAAACAAAGACGUCGAUCGGUCGACAGAAUCAGUCCGUCCGACCCCUCACGGACCCCCAUUAUGCGACCGUCUCGGAUGACUCUGACGAAAUGUAUGCCGCGAUCGACGAACAAGAUAAAAUCUAUACCAGCGGUAGCGAGACGUACGCUCAAAUACAACCGACGAUGACGGAGGUUCAACGAGCCGUACAAACCGAGCAAACGUUAUAUUCGCGAGCUCCGUCCCGUUCAGACGAAGUUCAUCCUGCUCCACAGCCUCCGAGCGUCGACAGUUUACGGCACGUGGCGCACGCUCAUUCGAGACAAGCUUCGUCCUCGAGUGCCAACAGUUCCAUCAUGAACCCUGGCUCACCGAAACCGGAGAAACGCCAAGCUAAUUCACCAUUGCCGCCGCCACCGGAAAUCACGACCGAGAUGUAUGCGUCGAUCGAGAAGAGGACGAAACCCGAGGAUCGAUCCAAGCCGAUUUUGUCCAAUGGAAAAUCGUUGGAGGACAUGUACGCUAAAGUGAUGAAGAAAAAGAAAGACGCGGAAGAGCAAAGCGACGCGCAGUCGAGCCUGCAUCUCGCCGAAAUUGUCGCCGUUUCGAGCAGGAAGCUGAGCCUCGUCGAGAUAAACAGAACUUCAUGGUCUAGUCAUGAUUCUACAGAGAUACAAAAGAAGGAGCUCGACUCUACGCAUUACUCCGCAUCGAACAGUUCUAUAGGGAACCUUGACCUGGAAAUGGACGUUACAAAAUUAGCCAGAAUCGUAUGCGACGACGUGGACGCGGAUAUGGACGCGAAUACGAGUCCCGAUGCGUCGAAAAACUCGGGGUUCGAUCAUGGUUACGAGGCCGUUAGUUCCGAAAUUGCCAAGAAGAACAUGAUGAUCCGCGCGUCUUGCAACCCGAACUACGAAGUUUUGCGACCGCAACGGCUUAUCGCGGAGGAGGCGGAUUACAGGUCGAACAACGUCGUCUCUGCCUCGGUGCCUGCUCGAAACAGCACCGAUUUAACAACAACGUAUUCGAUGAUACCGCUGAAACAUAGGCAGACGAGCAACGCCAGUAGCGAAGACCCUGGCUACGAGAAAGUGAGAUUAAGAAGAAGGAUUGACACAGAUCUAGAUACGGAUUCCGAGCCAAACUACGAGAGUAUGCCGCACGAUUCAGGAGAGCCUAAUUACGCGUCGGUUUCUCGUCCCGGUGAUAGCGACACUGAUCCUAAUUACGAAUCCGUGAAUCACGGAGAUCCAAAUUACGAGAGCGUGAAAUACAUGAGCGUCGCACGACCCGAGGAACCACCGUACGAGCAAGUGAAUACCUUCAAAUCCGAACCGUGCUGCGUAGACGGAUACGAGAAGGUGAAGAAACACUUGUUCAAUGCAGAUUACGAAAGGAUACCGUUGCAACGUACUACGGAACCGAUCGGCAACGGGGACACAGACGAUGAGCAAUACGUGCAAGUGUAACCGUGUGCGCCGACGACGCUACAUUUUCAUUUACUUUACCGGUUUACAACGACAAUUACCGAAAUUACACGCUUCAACGUACAACUAUUCGUUCGGUUCUUCGUACAUAGUUUAAUGCGCGACACAAAUAUCGUAUUUUUGUUAUUGCUUACUGUUAUUAUCGCAUGAACGCUUUGCUCGUCAUUAAUACGCACGCAACGCGACGUGAUCCAAGGGGUCUUUUCGUUUUAAAAGUUUCAAAAAAUUAGUUAUAGUAGUAGUAGUAAUAGUACCAAGCAUCUUGGAUUAUUUUAUACAAAUCGUUUUUAAAUUUAAUAUUAUAAGUAUAUACAUAUACAUAUACAUAGGGUUGGGUCUGGUGAGUGUGCCGGCCAACAAUAAAUACCUAAUUAUCUAACAUAUAUUUUCGAGUAGAAGGAAUUAAAUGUUUGUCCACACAGUGUAGUACAAUAUUUCGAUCACAAAGUAUCACAAUAUUCUUUAUAAAUAAGAAUUUGUCAACUUUUCCAGGCACUUUAUACUUUUAGAAAAUGCGAUCACAAAAAAUUCAAUUUUUUGGAACAUUGAAUGUGAGAAGACCCUUUAAAUACGACGAAAACAAACUACGCUUUUGAACAAAUUCAGAAUGGUUUGCGCUUUUGCGAUUAUUCUUAUUUGAAACAAUAUGCUUUCCGCCUUUUUGCAAGCGUAUAAUAUUUAAAGUUACCAGUUUGUUAAUAAAAUUUUCUACUUUUCGUAAUACCGUGCGAUCGUGUUCUUUUAUUCGCAUACUCGGUGUUGAUUAUUUCAUUGUCGGACUGGACGAUGCACAGCACAUGAUUUCGUUUCUUGAAUAAUGCCAUUCUAAUCUAUUUCUCGAUAGACAUUAAAAAUCUACUGAUUGUAGGCGUACUGCGACCAAGUUUCUUACGUUAAAUGUUCUUGCGAAUGACGAUUCUUUCUAACAGCAAGGGGACUCUACAGUUGUUCCACCGAAAAUUUCCAUGAUAUUUUUAGUGGUCGAUCUAGGAGCUUGAGCUCUAGAUAACAUUCGCUAUAUAAAUUAAUAAAACUGAUAUUUGUAUAUUGACAUUGUUGCGAAAAUUGUUGGCAAUAGGCAACAGUGUUUGUGUGCAACGUGAGGCCAUUAAAGUAUUAACAAAUAAAAAGUAUGUAGGAUAGUUGUAUUUUUCCCUUGAAACUAAGAAACUUUUGUCUUUCGACCCACAGAUUGAGAAGCACCGUUCCAAAGGAUGUCAUUAGUCGAUCUUUAAAACGUUCGGUGGGACAACUAUAGUUUGGGAGAAUAAAUAUUUACACGCAUCCUAUCUAUUACAAAUUGCCAAAGAAAGAGGAGAACGAAGGAAAAACAGAAACAGAAACGAAAUCAAAAUAAAAUAAAGUUACUUGUAUCAUUCAAGUUGAUAUUACCUCGCACAUCAUCGAAUAAAUAAUCCAUUCUUACUUUUCUUUUUUUUUUUAAAUAAACUCGUUAAUUUUGCAUCGUAAUGUCUGUAGAAAAGUCUAGUUUCGCACAAUUGUCGAUACUAUUCCGUUUAGCAAAGAAAACUAUGGAUAGUCGUUUAGCAUUCGCAUGGCACAGAUACGAUACGAUAAUAACGUACAAACAAAUGUUUAUUUAUUCGAAUCAAUGUAAUUAUUAUUUUUCAUUCUCUCUCUCUCUCUCGCGCGCGCGCGCUCGAAUAAUCUUCGUUGCACAUAGAUUCGCAAGUCGUGUAUAUAUACAUAUGUAUAUCUAAGGUUCACUUUUAUGUACAGUAACUUGAAAUUAUACAAACAUAUUUGUACAUGUAUAAAGAAAUGUCUGCGUUUCGACACGCGUAAUUUCCGAAACUUACCGGUCAUGUGGUAUGGUUACGUACACAUACAAGUUAGACGUGUGCAUCCAUUUUUGAGCGUAAUGCAUUCUUACUUAAUAACAUCGAAUUAAAAGAAAACCAUGGCAAUUUUGCAACGAAAUGUGCUUACUAUAACCGCAAACGAUUUGUAUUCUUUUAUACCCCAUCAUGAAAUAGACCGUUUUUAUAUACAAUAAAAGAUAGCUUUGAAAGGAAGCACUGCCUUGUUAGGUUUUUGAUAGCAUUUCGAGUGCAUAUCAAUUUAGAACACCCCCCUUUAUUUCAGUUUCCUACGGUGUCUCGAUGCAACGAGAUAACGCAGAUACGAAAACAUCGUGUUAUUGUGGUCGGAUCGAUACUGAAAACAGAACGAAUACAACACACAUUGCAGGCAAUUUGCUUCAUUUGUUUUUUUCGUUUUUCUAUAAUUUCUCUUCAGAAAAUAAAGAAUCGAAACGCUUUACGACAUGUAAAACAUUUUGCUCUUUCUCGGUUCGUUCGUCUCUAAUUUGUCUUAACCACAAACGAUGCUCUAUAGUCUUUUACAUAAAAGACUCGAAUAUAAAAUCGAAGAAUUUUUUUCUUUAGGUAUUACAAAACGCCUACCAUUAGUUUGUAUUUUAGGAAAAAUUAGAACCAAUAUUUUAAUUUAACUUUCAUUUUCGUAAUUAGAGUCAUAACAGGGUCUAGAACUGAUUACUUGGACGAAGAAUACACAUAUCUGCCGUCAGAUUUUUUUGGAAAAACGAGAAACUGCGUUUAAAUUUGUUUGUUUACUCGUUACCAUUCGACAACAAAGAGGUAAAGGUUAUGCACGCUUCAUUUACAUACUCGAUUCGUUUCCACUAUUCUACGUAAAAGUGUACGAUCGUUGUUGUUAAUCGCGUUCUUAUCACAUAUGGUAAUUCGUAAAAAAAAAUUUAAUGAUUUCGGAAGAGGAAGGAUCGAAGAUCUGGGGAGAAGGAAGAGCAAAAUCGUUCAAGACGCUUCGAAGAGGCAAGUUUCUUGGUUAGCGAUUCUCUUUGAAUCCUGGCACCUUAAACGCAAGAUAGUUCGUUUUUUUCACAAGUCAGUCUCAUCGUUGAAACUCGCUAGAAUCGAUUGAUUGGUAUCGUUCUAGGAAGAUAAGUAUUUUCAAAAACGACACACGCUUGUUCGAUAAUUUGAGAAACGUUAAGGUUAGGUUUAAAAGCAGCCUUUGGCUGUACACUUGGUCUUUAUACGAUUAGGCAAUCAUUUGUAACGACGUGUAUGUAGGUACGUAAGUACACGUUCUCCUAGUAUGCGGUAACAAAGAUGUUAAAAACACACACACACGCACAUAGGGAAGUCACAUGUUCGUAUUUCGUUGAGAAAUUUGCGUAUUGCUUUCUACUCUACAUAAUCCUAAUUCUCCUUCAACCGGAGGUGUAUUUUACGGCUUUUAGCCGGUUCUUUCUCGAGGUAUGGUUUUUUUGUCUGCGCGUCUCGAUCGGAUCGGAAGUAUUUCUACAAAUACUUGAAACCAGUAAAUGGUGAAAACCUGAUCCAAAAUAUUGUAUCGGAUUAAAAAUAUGAAACUUAAACUAUCACGUACAGCGUGCUCGAUAACAAAUGCAUACCCACGCUAUUACGAUGGAUAACACGUUUAUUGUAACGUAGUGUGCGAUCUAAAGGGAAUCACUUUGCCAAUCUUUUUAAUUGCUCAAAAUGCUCGAUUUGAAACUCAUGUAUUCUUGACAGGGAUGGACACGUUUAAACGAUUUUAUAAUGAAAUUUAUGAAUUUAUUUCGGUUCUUCGUAACAGUUAUAGAAAAUAAAGGUUCCGUUGAAUCGUUUGGUACUACAAAUUAGUACUCGUCGGUCAAGUACUUUUUUAAAUAUAUUUUGCCCAUCCCUGAUUCUCGAUUGUAUCGAAUAACCGGAACUAGAACCGCAAUCACAUGCAUAUCGCCUAUUGAAUGUCAUAAAUACACGCUACGAAGAUUUGUUCAAAUUGCUACACCACGCUACUACGUCGAUCAAUUCUGAAUUACACGUUUCCGUACAAGUACAGUUAUCCGUUUGGUGCGGUAAAACCUGAAAUAUACAAUUUUGUGCGAUGCUUUAGCUAUUCAUUGGAAAACGCAGUUUUUAAACGUUCUACAAAGUGUGCCGUGUGUGUCAUUUUUCGAUUAUUUUUUAUCGAAUUAACGUUAACUACGACACAAAAGUGUAAUCACGCUGUACGUUUUGUAUGAGCGUCCAACUACACUUUGCGACUGUUCACCCUUUCUUUUUACAGACGUACCGGAAACGUGAUCCUAUUUUGAAAUCGUUCAAACAUCACCGUACUAAUACCUACACAAAUUUGCUUGUCUCGCACAAACGAUAUUCGUGUUGUCUUAUUCCUUAUUUUCUUUCUUUCGACUAGGUGCACGACACUAGUAUUUUUAAAUUUAUAUUCGGAAGGUAAUUUCAUGUAACUCGACGCACUCGUUGACGCGAUUACAAUUUUAAAUGGCAGCAUUUACGGUCUAAGCAUACACAUUCGCACGAGUAUUAUACCGGUGUAUUCACAAACAACGUGCGUAAUUAAAAUAUCUGUCUACAAAUGAUCGUCAAUUUGUUUAAAUAGAAAUUAUGUUCGAUGAAUGGCGACAGAGGGGUUGGAAUUCAGUGUUGGUAGACGGGCUGGGUUUUCGGCACAUGCGCGACACACAUAUGUAGCCAACGUUAUGGCCGCCAAUAUUUUGGCGGUUCCCAACCCAACAAGUAGAUCGAAUAAAAUUAGUUUUUAAAUGUAUUCUCUAUAAUUUCUGUCAAAUACAAUUAUUCUUUCGAGUUACAUAAAACUGACGUUUCGUCUAAA